AUGGAUAAUGAUAAUGAACCAGAGAUUCCCCAGGCAGAAAUUAGUACUAGUGAAAUUAAGUCCGAGGAAUCACAAUCACAAUCAAAAACUCAAAAUAAUAAUAAUAUUAAUAAUAAUAAUCAUAACGAUAACGAUAACGAUAAUCUCCAUAAUAAUCAUGAAGAGAAUUCAAUACACGCGAGUGAAGAACCGGAUUUAAAGAAGAUUAAAUUAGAAACUCAUGAAAAUUCCUUAUCAGUAUCAAAUGGUCGUGUUAGUCCCUUAAUUAAUACUUCUAAUAAGAUUGUAGUAGUACCACCAACAAAACCUCAUUUAUUUUAUAGUCCAUUAAAAACUGGAUUAGUAUAUGAUGUUCGAAUGAGAUAUCAUGCAAAAAUUUUUACAUCAUAUUUUGAAUAUAUUGAUCCUCAUCCUGAAGAUCCUAGAAGAAUUUAUAGAAUUUACAAGAAAUUAGCUGAAGCAGGAUUAAUUCAAGAUCCAACCCUUUCAGGUAUAGAUGAAAUUGGACCAUUAAUGAUUAAAAUACCUAUAAGAGAAGCUACAGCCGAAGAAAUUUUAGAAGUUCAUAGUGAAGAACAUUUAAAAUAUAUUCAAUCAACCGAAACAAUGACAAGAGAUCAAUUAAUGGAAGAAACUGAUAAAGGAGAUUCUAUUUAUGUUAAUAAUGAUUCUUAUUAUUCAGCAAAAUUAUCAUGUGGUGGAACUAUUGAAGCAUGUAAAGCAGUUAUUGAAGGUAAAGUAAAAAAUUCUCUUGCAGUUGUUAGACCUCCAGGUCAUCAUGCAGAACCCGAUACUCCAGGAGGAUUUUGUUUAUUUAGUAAUGUUGCAGUUGCUGCAAAAAAUAUUUUAAAAAGUUAUCCAGAAUCUGUUCGUAAAAUUGUUAUAGUUGAUUGGGAUGUUCAUCAUGGUAAUGGUACUCAAAAAUCAUUUUAUAAUGAUCCAAGAGUUUUAUAUAUUUCAAUUCAUGUUUAUGAUAAUGGGAAAUUUUAUCCUGGAACAAAAUAUGGUAAUUUAGAUCAAAUUGGUGAAGGUAAUGGUGAAGGAUUUAAUUGUAAUAUACCUUGGAGAAAUCAUGGAAUGCAUGAUGGAGAUUAUAUUUAUGCAUUUAAUAAAGUUAUAUUACCAAUAAUUAAUGAAUUUAAUCCAGAUUUAAUUAUUGUAAGUUCAGGAUUUGAUGCAGCUGAUGGAGAUAUUAUUGGUGCAUGUCAUGUAACUCCAGCAGGUUAUGGUUAUAUGACUCAUAUGCUUAAAGGUAUUGCCAAGGGGAAAUUAGCAGUUAUAUUAGAAGGUGGAUAUAAUUUAGAAUCAACAAGUAAAAGUGCUUUAGGAGUUGCUAAAGUAUUAGUUGGUGAACCCCCAGAAGAUACUAUAUCAAAACAACCACAUUUAGAAACCAUUGAAAUUAUUGAUGAAGUUAUAAAGAUUCAAUCUAAAUAUUGGAAUUGUUUAAAACAUGGAGUUCCUCAUAAUUCAUUUGAUGAUAUUUAUGAUUUAAAGGAUGGAAAUUCUGAAACUUAUAAACUUGUUAAUGUUGGAGAUCCUAUUAGAUCUGGUCAAUAUAAUGAUCUUUUCCAUCGUUAUUCAUUUAUUAAUUUACCAAUAAUUAAUAAUUCUAUUGAUAAUAAUGAUAAACAUGGAUUAUUUACUACUGAUUUACCAUCACAUUUAGAAGAUAUAAUGAUUGCUAGUCCUGAUAUUUAUGAUGCAUCUAUUAUAGUAUUAACUAUUCAUGAUCCUCCUGAAUUAUGGGCUAAUAUUAAUCCAAUUAAUGGUAAUACUGAACCAAACUCUUCAAUUGUAUUAGAAUAUCCUUUAUAUCAAAUAAUAGAACGAAUUAAAAAGGAAAAGGAAAAGGAAAAGGAGAAUGAUAAUCAAAGUCAAGAUGAAAAAUUAGGUUAUAUUGAUAUUAAUAUACCGUCUUAUCCAUUAUCAAUUCCAUCAGGUUCAUCAUCAAAUAAUUCAACUUCAAAUUAUAAUCCAACUAUAUUUUCUCAAGAAUUAUUACUUUAUGUUUGGGAUAAUUAUUUCCCAUAUUUUACAAAUUUAAAGAAAAUUGUAUUUGUUGGAUUUGGAGAAUCUUAUCAAUCAAUUCUUCAUCUUUAUGGUAAAAGACCUUCACAAGAAAUUAAAGAAUUAGUUAAAGGUACAGUUGUAUAUUUAAAUCGUUCAUCAUUAAAACCAAUUUUACCAGUUAUGGAUGAAACCAUGGUUGAUUGGUAUUAUCAAAAUUCGGUUAUAUUUACUUCAUGUUUAAAUCCAGCUUGGAUUGGAACUAAUGGUCAAAGUAGAUUAGGUAAUGGAAAUGUUGAAGUUAAUGGAAAUGAUGAUAGUAGUAAAAGACCUAGAAGAAAAUUCGGUAGAGUUAUAAAGGCAUCAGUUGAUGGAUUAUUUGAUGUAAUUAAUGAAAGAUUCGAUGAAGGUAUGGAUUUUAUCCUUGACUCCAUUGAAGAUUUUUCAAGUAGUGAUAGUAGUAACUAA